CAUGAGCACGAGUAUCCAGAAGAUGACGUGCCGGUCUUUCCGGAGCACGACGAACGUGGCGACGACUUGCUGCCCACCUACGACGAACUUGCCGCACAGCACAGCUCGAGGUGUGUAACACAAUUGGAAUACGUGGAGGUUGCUGAAUCAUCCAUCGCAGGUUUGGCCGAUGAAAAAAUGAAUAGGGCUGCCGAGUGAUAUGCAGACCUGACACUGGAGGAUCUGAAAUGGCGA